UUAAGUAUCUUGAAAGCCCUUCCACCGAAUGAAAGCCCAAGCCUAAGUGGGCUUUUAAAUUUGUUCGCAAGCAACACUGUUAACGGUUCCUCUUUCUCGCCCCUUUCUCUCACGAAUCCCUCUCUCCUUCUGCAACAAUGGCGUUUUGGGAUUCUGAGGUUAAAACCGGUGAAUCAGUUGAUGUAGUUGUUGAAGAAGGCUCUAUUUUGCAAUUUGUACAGGCUAAUUUUGGAGAAGUUAAGGAGGACACAGAGGAUGAGUCAGUUUGUCUGCACAUCACUUUUGACAACAAAAAAAAAAAAAAAAAAAAAAUUGUAGUAGGAAGCCUUCACCCUAAGAGGUGUCCACAACUACAAUUUAUGUUGUGCUUGAACAAAAAUUUUCAGAUAUCACACAACGGGAAACAUGUCAGUUUCUAUUGUUAUGGGACUAAACAUAACAAUAGACGUUAAUUUCUGAUCUUUAGUAGUUAGUUUGUGGGUACAGCUUUUGUGAGUAUCAAUUAGAUGUUAAUUUCUGAUCUAAUUAACUGUCUUAUAAAUAUCAAUUUUGUUGUUUCUGGUAUCAAUUAGUCUCCAUGGUAGUUCACUUAAUUGUUAUCACGUGUAACUUACUUAUAUUUAGAUUAUAAUGGCUAUAUAUAGUUAACUUAA